AGAGCAAAUUGGGGACAAAUCGAAAAACAAUCGGGCAAUUGUGUGUGUGAGAGAGAGGCUAGAUUCACGAUAAAAAUCAGACGGGGCGGUGAAACAUCGGCCGUUCGACACCGGCAGCUCGUUGCCAAGACGCAUGUUGCCACAAAUUGUUUGGUCGAUCUAUGCGUUCGAAUAAGUGAACAAGUUCAGGGUUGCGAUUUCUAUCAAAAACCAAAAUACGACAAGCAGAUGCACUUUUGGUAUCUGGGUGGUAAUGAUGUCUCACUCGAACUACCAUUCACUCUGACUCAUCCGAAACCGAUCCCCGAAUCGGAUGAGGUUGGUCUGCGUUUCCAAGACGGUGAAGACGAUGCAUCCGUUCCGGCUGUCGUAUCCACUGGGGUUACCGCAGCGGGAGCGGGGACAGGGACCGUCAAGGCAGCCGAAUUCUCUUCGCCUGAACGCGCUGUUUCCAAACAGAACGAUCUGAUUAAUCUGGGCAAUGAUGAUCCAACUAAUCUCCCGUCUUCUGAUCCUCCAACCCGCCUGUCCAAUCCCGUGAAACAGAGCGGUGGUGGUGUAGGACAAUCAUUUGAUGAGGACGAUUUGAUAUUUGAAGAUUUUGCCCGAUUGCGUCUGAAAGCGAACGAGUCAGAUCUCACGGGAACGCCACAGGAGCACUCAGUCCCCGCAUUUCCAGAUACUAGCGAUCCGUUUACGUGA